AUGUUUGUGUCUGCAGAAGAGUUGGAGGCCAAAUAUGAGCAACUGGGCCUCCUCGGUGCAGGAGGAUGUGGAAAUGUGUACGCCGGCCUCCGCAGGGCCGACAACCUUCCCGUUGCCAUCAAACACAUCCUGAAUGAUAACGUCCACUGCACACAUACGGACGACGAAGGCAACACAAUUUCCAUAGAGAUCGCCAUCAUGUUGCAGCUGGCGGCCGAAUCCGAGGGGGCAUCGCCAUACCUUACCCUGCUGGACUGGUACCAGUUGGAGGGGAAGCUGGUGAUGGUGAUCGAGAGGCCCAUCCCCGCUAUGGAUUUAUUUGACCAUAUCAUGGCCAAAGGAGGCUCCGUGAAGGAAAAAGAAGCCAAGAUCAUACUGAGGCAGCUGGUCGAUGCGGCGCUCGAUCUGGAGAACAAGAACAUUUUCCACCGGGACAUAAAGGUGGAGAACAUCCUGAUUGAGACUAGUUCGAAUGUCCCACGUGUUCGCGUCAUCGACUUUGGUCUGAGCUGUUACGACGAUAAGAAAGAGACCUAUCAUGAGUUCUUCGGAACUCUGUUCACCCCAGAGGUUCACUUUAACGCUGGGUACAGAGCAGGAUCCACCACAGUGUUUCAGAUUGGAGCCGUGCUGUACAACACCCUCCACAAAUUCGAAAUAUUCAACACGUUGAAGUUCUUUUCAAAGUGUCAGGGUCUCCCCAAAAGAAUCUCCAAGAACUGCAAAGACUUCCUCCAGAUGUGCCUGAGAAUCGACCCCAACGAACGUCCCACCCUGGAGCAGCUGAAGAAUCACCCGUGGCUCAAAAUCUGCUAAGUCCUCAGCACACACACACAAAUAGACAAAAUGACAUAGGGAAAACAACAACAUAUAUAUAUAUAAAUAUAUAAAACAAAUUAUAUAUAUAUAUAUAUAUAUAUUACGG